AUGGAGAAGCUUCACAUAAGUUAUAACCAAAUUCACCAGGCGAUAUGCGACUGCGUGAAUACCAAGCAGGUGUACGAGACCUUCCAGCCAACACUGAUCAUCGCGAUAGGUUCGGGCGGCUUCAUACCAGCCCGCAUGCUCCGAACCUUCCUCAAGGCAAAAUGCGGCAAGUCGCUGCCCAUUCAGACAAUCGGGCUCAUCUUGUACGAUGACAACCUCGAUAAGUACGACCCCGAAACGGCUGUCGUACGAAAGACCCAGUGGCUGAACUACGGCGCCGGAGAGGGCACGGGCAUAUCACUGCAGGGCCACAACGUCCUCAUCGUGGACGAGGUGGACGACACAAGAAAAACCCUGUCGUACGCCGUAUCCGAGCUGAGCAAGGACAUUGAGAAGCAGCGGCAGGAGUACGAGGCCCGGCGGAAGGACGGCGACUCCGACUGGCGGGCACCCCGACUGGGUGUGUUUGUCGUACACAACAAGCUCAAACAGAAGAGUGGAAUACUUCCCGAGGAGGUCAUGGAGGCGAGCUACUUCAAGUGUCAGGACGUACCGGACAACUGGAUUGUGUACCCAUGGGACGCACUCGACAUUGCGGCGCACCAACGGGCUGCGGACGAGCGUACGGCGGCAGCGGCUGUGGCGGUUGCCGAUGCGGGGCCAGGAGCUUCCGCCGCCCCAAUGGAGGCGGAGGCGGAGGCGGAGGCGGCGACGACGGGUCCAAUGGCGAAGGAUGGUACGUGCCGAAUUUUUCGUUGA